AUAUGGAAUAAUAAAUGGUUGUUCUAUAUAAUAUACAUUCCAAACGUCAACCGAAACGGUCGCAUCGCCUGUCAGAAUUCCGACAAACGAUCCUUUAAAACAGAAAAAAAAGUGCAAAAAGUGGAUCUUUUAAUGACGAUUUUCUCAAUUUCCGCGUAGCUUUUCCGCGUUUCCAGUGCAUUUUCACGGCACCGGACGUUUCCAUUGAUCGGAAAACGUAAUCGAGCCGGUCCCAAAUCGCGGUUUUACACCAUAAAAACCUCGGAGAAAAUCGUUAAGUCCAGUCCGGCAUUUUUACGUCUUGCAGCUGAACAGUGCCGAUUUGUAUUUAUUAUUUUACGCUGUUAUCUUUUGGAGUUUUUAGGAUCCAUUAAACCCUUUUCGGCCUCACCCUGUAUACCAACAUGGCAGACUCGGCAAGCGAAUCGGACUCGAGCAGCAUCGACGGGGGCCCCAUAAUGAUGCCCCCCUCGCCCAUCACCAGGGAGCAGCUCCAAAAGCGGAUCGAAAGUUUACAGCAACAGAACCGGGUGCUAAAAGUCGAACUGGAAACGUACAAGCUGCGCGUUAAGGCCCUACAAGAGGAAAACAGGGAUUUGAAGAAGGCCUCGGUUAUUAUUCAAGCGAAAGCGGAACAAGAGGAGGAAUAUAUAUCGAAUACUUUGCUGAAGAAGAUUCAGGCGUUGAAGAAGGAGAAGGAGUCGUUGGCCCAUCAUUAUGAGAGGGAGGAAGAGUGUCUCACCAAUGAUUUGUCAAGGAAGUUGACUCAGUUGAGGCAGGAAAAAUGCCGACUGGAACAAACUUUAGAACAAGAACAAGAAUGCCUGGUCAAUCGGCUAAUGCGAAAAAUCGAGAAACUCGAGGCGGAAACGCUCGCGAAACAGAGCAACUUGGAGCAACUGAGAAGGGAAAAGGUCGAAUUGGAAAACACGUUGGAGCAAGAACAAGAGGCCCUGGUGAAUAAACUGUGGAAACGGAUGGACAAACUCGAGGCGGAGAAGCGUAUGUUGCAAAUUAAGUUGGACCAGCCCGUUUCUGAUCCGGCGAGUCCGCGUGAUAUUAGCAACGGGGACACGGCGACUAACUUGAGCGCCCACAUUCAGACCCUGAGACAAGAGGUGGCACGGCUCAGGCAAAAUUUAGCCAUCAGCCAGCAGGAGCACACUCAGAAGAUGCAACGUUAUGCUCAGGAGGAGCGAAACAUUCGGGAGGAGAAUCUCAGAUUGCAAAGGAAACUGCAGUUGGAAGUGGAACGUCGCGAAGCAUUAUGCAGACAUUUGUCGGAAAGCGAGAGUUCUUUGGAAAUGGAAGAGGAGAGACACUACAACGAACAGGUGCAGGGUAUUAGGCAACAUACCGUGUCGCCCAUACCGUAUAAUCCAUCUCCUAGUCAGAGUCGACCUUUGAGUCCUGGUCUCGCCUCUCAAAUGCAAAUGUCACCCCGCAUGUCCGAUUCGUUGCACGCCUCUGCGGGCGGAGUUCCGCCCCCGCGAUGUCCCUCUUGCGGCCAAACUCCGCCGGGGAUACAAGGAAACCAAUCAACAAGAAGGGCUUCGGAAAGAUUCGUAAAGCCGGCGGUACCUGCGCCCAGUAUAAGCAUGCCCGCCAACGCGAAUCCACCACCGAGCGUUGUCGCACAGCCGGCCAGUCCGAUGGACACCAGCAUCAUCGGAAAAGAUUAGAUAGGUGACACUGUCGAAAAAUACAAAAAAAAUCCACCCGCAGCACAUACAGCUCGUGAAAAAAAAAAAUCCGGACUUCGACCAUUUUCUUAUAAUCAUAAUAAUUAUGAAAUUGAUUGAAAUGUCACUUUCUAAAAAAAGCUUCUGAAUACGCUUGUUCUUUACGUA